UCUCUCUCCCUCACACACACAUAUAGAUCGGGUUUAGUCAUGGAGGAGUUGAGCGCGGUGGGUGAACAGGUCUUUGAUGCCGAGUGUAUCCUCAACAAACGCAUGAGAAAGGGUAAACUGGAGUAUCUGGUGAAGUGGAGAGGAUGGUCGUCCAAGCACAACAGCUGGGAACCUCAGGAAAACCUUCUUGACCCGAGACUAUUGGCUGCAUUUAACAAGAAUGAGCAAGAGCGAGAACUCUUGAUCCGUAAGAAGGGAAAGAGACCUCGUGGACGACCCAGAAAAAAUUUGGAAACCAUUCCAGCCAUGUCAACGGUGUCAAAAUCAAGCAGCUCGUCCUCUUCAUCUUCAUCCUCUGGUUCAUCCUCCUCUUCCUCAUCAUCUUCCUCUUCUUCAGACGAUGAUGAUGAUGAUGAAGACGAUAAUGACAGGAAUCCGAAGCCCAGCCCUCGUCCACGAGAGCUUCACCCAGUCCCUCAAAAGAAAGCACAGAUCGUGGUCGCAAAGCCGGAACCUCCAAAGAAACGAGGGAGGAAAGCUCUUCCUCCAGAACUCAAGGCUCUGCGUCAAGCCAAAGGUCCGCGGAAAAUUCUCAAGCCCAUCUCAAAAGACUCUGACCUCCGAGGUAGCAUAAAGAAACCGCUAAUGCCUGCUAGCUUCAUGUAUACCGGGUUAAAUAGAACCUCAGGACGAGAGCCGGUCACACCACAGAACAGAGGACCCUUUACCCAGAGUGCAUCUGUGAAGAGUUCGCCAAGUACCACGGGACGUUCUGUUGGAUCAACCUCCUCGCCUUCACCAGUAAGUCGCCUGUCGCAAUCCAAAGCGGCUUCCGAUUAUAAGCUUUCUGUUUCGGACAUGACCAGCGGAGGAGCUGAACACAAAACAACAACAUGCAAAUCUCCAGGAGUGGCUGCUUUAAAUUUGCACAACGCAACCAGUAACGGCAGCAGACAGGCAUGCUCGCAACCAUCAGCUACAUCACCUAAAAUACAGAGGAAACAGGAGGCUUCAGAUCAGAGUCAACCUCCAAAAGCAGUUCUUCCAAAAUCACCAUCAAGCUCAUUUUCAUCUCAGAAAACCCCCUUCAGUCUCCAGGCUCUCAACCUGCAAAGCGUCAACAAAACCGCACAGGGUAACAGUACAUCUACCACUAAGGACAGUAACCACUUGAAGGGUUCCACCAACCCUGGCAGGAAAAGUACUGGAUUUAAUACAAGACACGAGAAGACUUCUGCACCAAACACCCCUUGUAAGCUUACAACAACCCAGCAAGUCCUCAAGAGUCCACAACGGGACAAAUCCAAAGCAGAAGAAACCAGGGAUUUGUCCGAGAGACUCGGAAAGAAGAAUCAAGAUCGGACGGAGAAGAUCCUAGCUCAGACUCCAACAAAAGAGAGCCGAGAUUCCCAACUGGUGCAAGACAGAUCCUCCGCUAAAGAUGUUUUGAAACAAGGCAAGACCCUGAGCGAGCUGAGCACCGGAGAGGAAGGAAGCAGCUCAGAUUCCGACCACGAUUUCUCAUUCCAGAGCAACAACCAGGAUCUGUCCAUCUCUAUGCAAGCAGGUCAGGACUGGAGGCCAACACGGAGCUUGAUCGAACACGUGUUUGUCACUGACGUUACGGCAAACCUCGUCACAGUCACGGUGAAGGAGUCGCCCACCAGCGUAGGGUUCUUUAGCAUCCGAAAUUAUUGAAAUGUCGUCAACUGGAAAAGUAGCUACUCUGGAAAAGUUGGAACAGCUAGGAGAAAGAGAUAGAAGUUCAUAGGUUUUAAAGAAAUCAAAAGGAGCUUCUUGUUGAUGCUCCUUCUGAACAGAUUGAACUUUUUUAAUGGUUUUUACUCAACGCUGAAUUGUCAUAGUUGGUUACUGUUGGAGUUUUGAAAGAAGACCAAUGCUAUUCAUUCAGAGACAUGUAUAAUCUUACCUGAUGUUUAGUAAAAAAGAAAACCGUUUGUCUCUUACAGUUGCUGUACUAUCUCUUAAGAAUAAAGUAUAUUUGUCAUUACUCACGUGCCGCUCCAUCUCACACACUGUCGAGGGCUCAGCCUUUUAAAGUAUACACUUUUGAAUGCGAGUCCGUACGGAUGUGCCGGCGAUGUGCUGAAAAGCAGACUGUCCGUGUGUAUUAAAAAAGACUAGGCUGCAUGCAGACAGUACGCUAAAACUGUGCUGAUGACAACAUUUACGUCAUGGGUGUGAGAUGAUCCGGCACGCGGAAAACCGAAGUAUAUAGUACUUUAGCAUUUAAAAUGACAAUUAAUCUUAAAAAAAUGAGGGAUUCACCAUUCUUCUUGGUUAUCUCUGCAGGGACUGUUUCUAGUUCUCCUAUAGUUGAUUCUGAAUACGGUAUUCGUAAAAAAGAAAGUCACAAGAUCAGGAAUCUAUCCAUGUGUGCUUUAAAAGUUUGUUCAUCCAAGAAAUGUCAUUUUUGGGUGAACUGUCCCUUUAAUGCUGAAUCUCAAAUUACAUCUUUAAAUAUGCUUAUUUUAGAGCUAUCCACUUUUUGCCCGAUUACAAAUAUGACUGAGGGUUUAUUUUUUUCCUUCUGAUAUGAAUGUGGGUGUCCUUUUGAUACUACAAAAUAAUUUUCUGUUUAUUUAUUAUUUUCUUUUUUACUGGUUUUGUUCUUGGUAUGC